GGUUGUGGCACGGACAACGCCACUUAAAAAAGAACACCUGCAGUCUCAGUCUCACUGGGGGCACAGCGCUUUGAAUCGUGACAGGUAUUUGCUUUGGCCGUGAUUCAUGGAAGCCUCAGCUGUCGCAAAGAUGAUAUUUUCUUAUUAAUUGACUUUGCCCUAGUAAUCUACUAAUCUUGCAACGACUCUCCCCCUGAGACGUGGCCACGAUGUUCCAGGUACGGAACUUCCAAAGAAUCCCACAAACCGCAGCCUGGUCCUCAUAUAGAACUAACUUGUCCACAGCGACUCAAGGGCGCCAUAGACUCCCGGAUUGCGGAGGAGCAAGCGCGACAGAAAUCGGCUACGGCCACGGAUCCAGCGUUGUCGCGAUCCAAUUCCACAAAUUCCCCAGCCCGACGUGCCUCUCCCCGAACGGGUUCCCCAUCUACAAAGCCACGGAGGUCAAAGGCAAAGGAAGGCGAUGGUUCUCCGGCUCGAGGUCCAGACCCUGCUGAAUUUGAGAAUGCUUUUGUGAUAGACGACGAGAUGGAGGAAGCAUCGGGUGCAGGGCAACCAGCCUCCGAAAAGAACGAUACCAUGCCAGAGAAGGAGAAGGCCGCAGAGGCAAAAAGCCCUGCAGAUGGCGCAAUCAAGGGAGAGAAGGCAGCGGAAACACCUACCAAAAUAUCUGAUUUACCUGCGGAUGUGCGUGCAAAGUUGCAAAGAUUCGACAAUCUGCAAGCAAAAUAUAAAGGUAGGACGAUGCUGUAAGGUUAGUUGUAUGACAUGAAUUGACAAAUGCCAGACCUUUUGCGGUCAUACCGAGUUGCACAUGCGAAAGCCAUCUCAGUUGAACCAUUCGAGCGAGCUUUGAAAGAGCACACGCCUUUAGAAUCCAUUAGCAAUCCUGCUGCCCUUGUUGAAUAUCUUGGUCAGGUGAAUCUGAAGGGAGACAUGGUCAUGGAUGAAUUCAAGCGUGUAUCUGCCGAUCGCGACAACUACAAGAAGAAGUUUGAGGAGUCUGAGAAAGAAGUCGCUGCUGCAAAGGCGCAACUGGAAAUUCUGAAGUCUUCACCGAGUGACGAAAGCGCCACUGCCUCGACCGCACAAACAGAUGCUGGGAGUAUCGAUACACCUACAGCAUCCGUAAAGUCUCCUAUUUCCUCUGUUAUGAAUAUGUUCUCCCCCAAGCAGAAGCCACAACCAACAGACAAUAAAGACGUUAGCGAGGAAUUCUUUUCAUAUGACGACGAAUUACCAAAACUUCAAGCAGAAGUAAGGGAGAAGACUGCCGAAGUUGAAACCCUGAAGACAAAGGUUACCACUUUGGAGAAAGAUCUUGUAAUUGCCAAAGAAUCAAGUUCGGGCUUGGUUGAAAACCUCGAAAAGGCGACCCGAGAGCUCAAAGAAUCGAAAGACGCUGCCACAGCUGAUCGGGACCAACUAGAACAGAUUAAAAAGCAGACAGAAGAGAUUGCUACUCUGAAGGAGAAACUUGAAAGCUCCGAAAAGCAACUGAAAGAUCUCGAAGCCACACUUGAGAGCACCAAAAACGAGUCAACUGCGAGAAUCACGACGUUGGAAGGCAACAUCGCGAAAGAAAAGGAGAUUUUCAAGCGUGUUUUGGAAUCAGAAAAGAGUUCCCGUAAAGAGCACGAAGCUAGCCGUCAAAGGUUGGAUGCCCAGAUUAAGGAGUUGGAAGUAUCUCGUGCAAGCGACCUGAAGCGAAUCGAAGAACUGUCCGAAUCUAAUAAAACUUUGACGGAACAACUCAAGGAGGAAACGGGAAGUCAUAAUGACGAAACCGAAGUCAAGGCCCCAGCAGCAAGUACGCUAGCCGUACCACCAGCGACUGGAGCUGGUAAGAAGAAGAACAAUAAAAAGAAGAAGAAGGGAGGGGCAGCAGCAGCUGUUGUGAAAGAGGUGACUGCCGAGAAGGCAACGGAGCUAACAUCUGCACCAGCUUCACCAAUGGCCACGGAUAUGCAGGCUGAGAUUUCAAGGCUCAAGGAGGACAUAGCUGACCGAGAUGCUCAGAUAUCGAAGCUUCAAAUCCAGCGAAAGACAGAAGCUGAUCUACGUGAGGAACUUGACCAUGUUAGGGAAGAACUCACGGAUUAUGGCCAGGAACAUGUGGAGGCCAUGGAAAAGAUUAAGCAGCUCGAGCGAGAAAAACGGGAGCUUCAGGAUAAAAUCCCCACUUUGGAGAAGGAAAUUGAUGGCCACAAGUCAAAGUCUAAGGAUACUGAAAAGAUAGAAGUUGAUUUCAAGUCUUUGACAGCGGAGUAUGAAGACCUCAAGACCAAAUCAGCUGCUCUACAGACGGACCUUGGAGCAGCGCACCAAUUGGCAGCAUCACGAUACAGGGAUUUAACCGACUUGAAGGAUGUACUACAGAAAGCUCAACCAGAACUCAAGACACUUCGCGCAGAGAACGCCACCUUGAAAACGGCCAAGGAGGAACUUGCCACACGAACAUCUGAGUUGAGAAGAUUAGAAGCUCGUGAAAAGGACCUCAGAUCUGAUGUCGCGAGUUUCAAAAAACAGGCAGCGGAUCGUGAUGGCGAAAUUCGGACGUUGAAUGAGAAAGUCACCCAGGAGACAAAUGGUAGACUUCGAGCCGAGGAUCAAGCUCGUGUUGCUCAGCGUGAUAUGAGAAGAUCUGAAGCAGAGAAGAUUCAACUGGCAGCAACAGGGGAGAAGGCUUCAGCCGAGCUCGCUAAGGUUCAGGAAGAAGCUGGGAAAUUACGAAUCAAGGUCCGAGACCUGGAAGAGGAAGUUUCCAAACUUUCAACUGAAUCCAAAGGUCUCCGAGAGGAGGUCGAACUCCGAGGUUCGCAAUACAAUAACGCCCAAGGUUUACUGGGUAGCAUGCGAGACCAGUCUGCUGAGAUGGCCAUGCAAUUGAAAGAAGCUAAGGAUCAAUCGGAAAGUUUGGAGGAAGAGUUGGCUGAGGUACAACGAUUACUCAGUGAGCGAACUCGAGAGGGCGAGACUAUGCGUAGAUUACUGGCGGAUGUUGAUGAUCGUGCGGACGCCAAAGUACGGGAAAUGAGGGAAAGAAUGGAGGCGGCAAUCGAGGAACGUGAUCGAGCCGAAGACGAGGCCAGCACCAAUGGUCGUCGGAAAGCUCGUGAAGUGGAAGAACUCAAAACCAAGAUCCGGGACUUUGAGCGGGAUAUCAAGCGUGCGAUUGAUGACCGCGAUGAAUUACAAGAAGCUCAAAAGGAAUGGAAACGAAAACGCGAUGAACUCUCCAGUACCUCCGAACGAGCCACACAGGAAGCAAACGAAACGCGAUCCGCCAUGGCCGAACUUCGCAAUGCUCUUGACGGCAGCGAGAAACAAGUGCGUGAUGCUGAGAAGCAACGUGCUGAUCUGCGACGUCUUCUGGACGAGGCGACGCAGAAGUUUGAAAAGUUGCAGAAGGAGCAUAAGGCGCUGCAAGCUAAGCAGAUGAAGAUGAAUGAUGUCUCUUCGCGCUCCUCGACCGAUAGUGGGAGACCUGGGACGGCGAAUGGGACGGCGGGUGCGGGUGGGGGACAGAUGGAUUAUGUUUAUUUGAAGACUAUUUUGCUGCAGUUCUUGGAGCAGAAGGAUAAGAAGCGGCAGGGGGAUUUGGUGAAGACUGUUCUUGGGCAGUUGUUGCGUUUUGAUCGGUAUGUCCCCUUUUUCUCAACGAUUUUCUGUGAGAAUGGUCUGGGUGGUGAGAGUGAUGCUAAUGUGGAUCAUAGGAAGGAUCAGGAUAGAUGGUUGGCUGCUAUUGCUAAAUGAAUGAUGGAUGGAUGGUUCGUUUUUAGCGGAUUGUAGCUUGUACUGUACGAUUAUUCAUAAGAUGUUCCCUGCUUGUUUUUGUUGGACUUUUUUUACUAUGCACUUUGACUUUUCUACUUUUUUUGUUGACUUUUUUCUUCUUUUAUGGCAUGGGAGACAGAACAGAGUUGGGAGUAUAACAGUUCAUGAUGAGCGUGAUGAAGUCCUUUCUUGGGGGUCUAUUUUUGUAUACUAUGGAUGCUUUCAUUUUUGGGGGGCGAGAGGGGGUUGUUGGAAGAAUUGACUGACU